CAAAGGGCGUGCGCAAGUUAAGGUGAACGCGCACUGCAGCCACUGGCGAAGUUAGACCUGCUAGUGUUGACGGCUUCACGCUAUACACUGACUACUGUGCUGAUGAAAAGUAUUUGGAAAAUCUUAAAGUAGUUCAAUCUAGUUUGAAGACGAUUUUUUUAUUUAUUGAAAUACAAACUCCAGAAAACGGACAAAUUCAAGGGACUUUAACAGUUUCUUUGUCAGAACUCAAAUAACAUGAUGGAUGCCUCUAAAUGCGCGAUUCUUCUACUUUCAAUACACCUCGUGCUGUCUGUGGUGUCCUCCAUGCAGAUGUGUGACGUGGUGAACGAGAUUGAGCAGGAGAAAGAGCACUGCGAGAACAGAACCUCAGGAAAUGUCACAGCAGGUUGCAAAGGGAUGUGGGACUCGAUCGCCUGUUGGCCAUCAGCCAAGUUUGGAGAAGUCGUCACAAUAUUCUGCCCUACUUACUUCAGUUACUUUAGUGAUCAGCAUAAAGUGAAUCUAUCUAAGACCUGCACCACAGCUGGCUGGACAGAGAUGCACCCCAUUGACAUUGCUCUGAACUGUGGGUACGACAUGAACAACACGGGCGAUGACGGAAAAUUCUUCUCGCAAGUGAAGAUUGGUUAUACUAUUGGCCACAGUGUUUCUUUAAUCUCCCUCAUCACAGCUAUCAUCAUACUGUGUAUAUUCAGGAAGCUCCACUGCACCAGGAACUACAUCCACAUGCAUCUUUUCGUGUCGUUCAUCCUGAAAGCCAUUGCUGUUUUCAUCAAGGACGUCAUCCUCUAUGAAGUCGGAGAGGUCGACAACUGUUCCCCCGGAUCCAUGGGCUGCAAGGCAGUGAUAGUCUUCUUCCAGUACUGCAUCAUGGCCAGCUUUUUCUGGCUCCUGGUUGAGGGCCUUUAUCUCCACGCCCUGUUGGCUGUGUCUUUCUUCUCGGAGAGGAAGUACUUCUGGUGCUACAUUCUGAUUGGCUGGGGAGGACCAAUGAUUUUUAUCACGGCUUGGAGCUUUGCCAAGGCUUACUAUAAUGAUGUCGGGUGCUGGGAUAUCAUUGAGAAUACCGAUAUGUUCUGGUGGAUCAUUAAAACGCCCAUACUGGCAUCAAUUCUGAUGAACUUCAUCCUCUUCAUCUGCAUCAUCCGGAUACUUCGCCAGAAGAUUAACUGCCCAGACAUCGGAAGGAACGAGUCUAACCAGUACUCGCGGUUGGCUAAAUCAACUCUUCUGUUGAUUCCCCUAUUUGGGAUCAAUUUCAUCGUGUUUGCCUUCAUCCCAGAGCAGGUGAAGACUGAGCUGCGCCUGGUGUUUGACCUGAUACUAGGAUCCUUCCAGGGCUGCGUGGUGGCCGUCUUGUACUGCUUCCUUAAUGGAGAGGUUCAGGCUGAAAUCAAGAGGAAGUGGAGAAGGUGGCACCUGCAGAGGUACAUGAGCUCUUCGGACACCAAGUACCAGCAUCCUUCCAUGGGCAGCAACGGCACCAAUUUCAGCACCCAGAUCUCCAUGCUGACACGCUCCAGUCCCAAAACACAGCACGCCUCCUCGUACUGCCAGGAUGAUUCCUCCAUCAUCUGAACGCACACGCAGGACUCACACGCACACAGAAAUGCUGACAAGCACACGCGCAGAUAUACCAUCUCUCUCUUUCUCCAUCUCACGUUCACUCUCUCUCUCUGUCUCCUCACACACACACACACACACACACACACACACACACACACACGAAUGACUUAUAAAGAAUGUGAAAGCACUAGUUCCCUGAACUAGUGCUUUCACUAGAGAGCUAAGAGAUACUAUUCCAGACUAAACCAAUGAGUAUCUUCUCUCUGUUUAAAAGUCUUGCUAGUUGGUUACUUGACUGUGCAGGCAGGGUAACAUCUUAGGAACCCUUCUUGUCGGAGUACCUAGAAUGUGGUAUUUCAUACCAAGAAAACAAGGGACUAGAACACUCUCAGUUUUGGUUCCCUGGGCCCGUGGCUGGAGGACAUUAGAAGGACUGCUGAAAUUCACAAACGAGCGGAGGACAAAGCCAACCCAAUCCAGGACAAGGACAAGAGCUCAUAUCUGUUUUAUGUCUGGAAGGAUAUUAAUCUGUGAAAUAUGUAAAUGAUCUGCUCUUAUUAUCUGUCCCCAUGAUGCAGUGUGCUCUGUUAUGGUAUGUUAUCUAUUAUGGUCCCUCCCCCUUUGCUUUCC